AUGCCCAGCCCAGCUUCAUCGCAAAUGGCAUCCGAAAAGGCACUUUUCGCACGACAGCAGGCCGCGGCUCCCCAGGAGGCACCCACAGAGGCGUAUCCUACGUCUGAUAACCGCGCGUCGGACGCCGGCGGUGGCGGCAUGCCGACAGUCGAGGACCCGUUCAACUUCCCUACGACGGAUGAGGCCCUUCCCCCCUACUCGACCCACGAAACCGAUGCGGCCGCGUCACCCGCCAUUGCAGUCGACAGCGCGGGCGGCCCGAGCAGCGCCGCGGCCGCUCGCCCUCCAGGCGCGCCGCCGUCGUCGGCGCGCUCCUCUAUGAAGCCGAUUGCCAUUCCGCAAGUUGUCCCCGACGCGUCCUCGCCCUUUGUCCACGCGUACCCGCCAUGCCUGCUCGCGCGCGGCAUCACGGAGCCGUCGUGGACGUCGUUCCUCGACACCGUCUCGGCCUUUUUGACGGCCAAGGUCGGCGACCGGGCCGUCAGCCACGCCGGCGACAUGGCCAAGCACCUGGCCGAGGGCACGUCGACGCUGGGCAAGAACAUUGCCAGCUACAGCAAGCGCCUCGGCAAGGACGUGGCCAAGCACGCCAAGCGCGGAAACAUCUUUGGCGUCGCGGCGACGGUCAUUGCCGGCUCCGUCAGCCUGCCCGUCAUGACGGCGCUCGGCGUGGCGGGCACGUUGACCAUGCUGCCGGGGGCGGCCGUCAGCGCCAUCGGCAAGAAGCCCAAGACGCCGGCGGAGCGCGUCAACGCGUACAACAUGGUGGCGAAUGAAAAGUGGCUUCAUCAGCGCGGCCUCCAUAUCCAGCUGGUUGACACGCCUGGUCUUGCGCAUAUGCUGGGGUUGCCGACGGAGCAGUUACUGGCGGUGGCGCGGUCGGGAAAGGAAGGCAGCGCGUCGGGCAUGCUGCAGGCACUGGAUCUUCACAUUGAGCCGUUGAAGAUAUCGGCAGAGACAACACUUGGACUGUCAGACAGAUCGCUUUGGCUCGUUCUGGUUGAGUUUGACGCUGAGGAGCUGGAGGAGCUGGACGGGGAGGAGGAUCAGGAGCAGGAGGAGAACUAUGGCAGGCGCAGGGGCAGGCGCAGGGGCAGAUACUAG